AUGGUUUUGGACUCGAAAUGGGCCGAUGCCCCAGAUGAAGAUGAAGUUGUCGAAGUUAAAAGAGAUAUGAGAAAAAAUAAGAGUGUGAGUAGACCCAAUAGUAGACAACGGACUCGCAACUCAACUAACGAUCAAGAGACUACCCCAAGAGAAUCAGCUAAAGAAGAGUCCAGACCUAACAGCGGAAGGAGUCUUUUAGACCGUAUUGACAAAUCUUUCCUGGUCAACUCAGAAGACAAGAAAGCAGCUGGUCAUGCAAUUAGAGAUGAUAGGCAUAUGAGUCCUUUACCAAAAGAACCAAAAUCCAAAUCUAGCGGCACUAAAUCGGCUAGCAGAAAUAGUCUACUUGAUCGUAUCGAUCAAUCAUACUUAGUUGACAACAAAUCUUCUUCUAAGACAAGUGCAACGCCGUCUCCACCUUCGACUGCAUCAUCAAACUAUUCAAGACAAAAGUCUCCAGAUACUGCACAAACUACACCUGGUUGCACAAGACCGAGUUCAAGGAAUAUGCAAUCUCGAACAAAUGGUGAAAAUGGAAAGAAGACGGACCCAGCUGCAAACAAGGUUAAGAUGGAACUAUUAAAGAAGAAAAUAGAGGAACAAAAGAAACUUCUCAAUGAAAGAACACAUAAAGAGAAACAAAAAGAGCUGUUAGCUGCUUUUCUAGAAGGCGACGAACAAUUUGCUUGGGAUGAUGAGAAAGAAGAAGAUGAACUAAUAAAUAAACUCAAGUCAUCCCAAAUUUCUUAA